CUCAUUUAGCUCUUUCUUAUUCACAUUCACUCUCACCCACGAACCUUCCCCCUUCCUCCUUACAUAAUAAACACCUCUCUCUCUCUCUCUCAUCCUCACCCCCCAAACAUUUCAGACAAAAACAUAAACAAACAUUUCAGACAAGAGAUAACCUUUUCUUUCGUUGAAUCAAAAUCACUGGGGAAGAAAAUAUUGAAUCCAAGAGAUUGAAAAACCCAUUUUGAAUAUGGAAUCCGCCAAUCUCUACUUCCUCAAGGUAUCUUCUGGGGUCGAUUACUUCUGAUUCGUAUUAGGCUUUGUUGCUGUGUUAGUUUGAUGUAAUUGGAAAGAAAAAAGGUGAAAACUUUGAAGUUCGAAAUGUAUAUUUCACGGAUGGGUCUGAGUCGGAGUUUCCCGCCGCUUUCUGGGGUUGGUUAUCAGGAAAUUCUAGGGUUAGGGUUGGACAUCGUCUUCCUCUAGCGUCUUCUUCUUCACUUUUUAAAUCUCAAUUUAAUGGCUAAUUGGGAGAUCUGGGAUUUGGGUGAUUGAAAAAGUUCCAUUUUUUGUAUUUAAAAAAGAAAAAACAAGCUUCGGUUCGAUUUUGUGAAAUGAAAGGCUCGAUUCUAUUGUCGAUGGAGAAUCACCACCCUUCAACGCUCUUAUCCAUGGACUCCAGCGGCUCCUCUCACGAAGAGCUCCUCGAUCUCGACAUCAACAAUGUUAACCACCACCAGAUCACUCUUUACAACCCUCCCGACAUCAACCUCCCCUUGUCUGUCGGAAGAAGCUCCCCCACGUGGAACUUGGACUCCUGCGAUAAUAUCUUAGACGUUGGCCUUAGCUCGCACGUCUACGAGACGGAGACGUUCCUCAACGUGGUGGCUCCGAGUAAAGUCAGUAAGAAAUGCUUGAAACGUGGAGAUAGCAUGUGGGGAGCUUGGUUCUUCUUCACCUCCUACUUCAGACCGGCACUGAACGAGAAGUCAAAGUCUAAGGUCGUUAGAGAAACUAGUAGUGGAGCAGGAGGAGGAGGGGGAUGCUUUACAGGGUUUGAUAAGUCUGAUCUCAAGCUCGAUGUGUUCCUCGUUCAGCAUGAUAUGGAGAACAUGUACAUGUGGGCUUUCAAGGAUAAGCCCGAGAACGCCCUCGGUAAAAUGCAGCUGAGAAGCUAUAUGAACGGGCACUCGCGUCAAGGCGAGCGUCCGUUUCCAUUCAGCGCGGAGAAAGGGUUUGUUAGGUCUCACAGGAUGCAGAGGAAGCACUACAGAGGACUCUCGAACCCUCAGUGUCUCCACGGGAUCGAGUUCGUGCCUUCUCCGAGUCUUUUGUGCGUCAGUGAAGAAGAUAAGAAGAGGUGGAUGGAGCUGACGGGUAGAGAUUUGAAGUUCACUAUCCCUCCUGAUGCUAGUGACUUCGGUUCUUGGAGGAACCUUCCCAACACGGAGUUCGAGCUCGAGAGGCAGCCUCACGUGGCGAAACCGGCGCUGAACAACGCUAAGAAGAUAAUACUUAACGGUUCAGGAUUGCAUUUGACAAACAACGCUUCUUUCAGCAGUAAUGGUGACUCAUCAGAUCAAUCUCCAGGAGGAGGAGGAGGCAAUGUUAGUAAGAAGAGAAAAGAGUUUUUAUCUCCGGGAAGCAGCGAAGAAGAAUGCUGCUUGACUGUUAACAACGUUGAGACACCUCCUGGUUGGGUAAAGGACUUCACUGGAGUUAUGAAGAACGUUCACGGGCCUUCGACUGCAGCCAAGACCAUCUACCAAGACGAAGAAGCUUACCUGAUCGUGAUAACGUUACCAUUUGUGGAUUUAAACAGCGUCAAGGUCUCAUGGAGGAACAGUAUCAGUAACGGGAUCGUGAAGGUGACUGGAUCGAGCACGUCGAGGGCUCCUUUGGUGAAGAGGCGGGAGCGGACUUUCAAGCUGGUUGAUCAGACGGCUGAGCAUUGUCCUCCGGGGGAGUUCAUGAGGGAGAUACAGCUGCCUAAUCGGAUUCCGGAAGAAGCAAACAUUGAAGCGUAUUUUGAUGGGACGGGACCGGUUCUUGAGAUUAUGGUGCCGAAGUUGAGGGGAGGAGUGGAGGAAGAACACGAGGUUAGGGUCUGUCUACGGCCACAACACCACCUCGGAGGAGCAGGCGAGCUUAAGUUGACAUGAUGAAACAUGUUUUUAUGUACUUAAUAGAAAGCAUUAUGGGGAAAUAAGCAAAAGCAGUCAGCACCUACCAUCCCGACUGUAACAUUUUCAAAUUUUCUUUUGGUCGUCAUAGUGUAAUUUUGUCACUUUUUUUUUAAUGUAUGGUUUAUAUAUUUCCAUUUUAAAAGAUUAUAGUUGUUGAUGAUU